UUCAUUCCAAUCUUUUAAGACAGAUUUCUACCAUGAAGUAGUGAGAGAGAGAGAGAGAGAGAGAGAGAGAGAGAGAGAGAUAAGGAAGAAAAAGAAACAAGAUGAAGAGCGUGUGUGUUUGUCUUGCCAUAUUGCAUACUUAUCAUGAUGUAACUUUACACGUUUUGACUUGGAAGGAGAGACUUCAAAUUGCAGUUGAUGCAGCACGAGGACUGGAUUAUCUACACAAUGGCUGCAAGCCAUCAAUAGUACAUAGAGAUCUAAAGACUUCAAAUAUCUUGCUAAAUGAAAAUCUUCACGCCAUGAUAGCCGAUUUCGGUCUUUCUAAAGUUCUUGCAACUGAAAGUGCCACUCAUGUAUCAACUGACCCUAAAGGAACAUUUGGGUACCUUGAUCCUCCAUAUUACAACACAGGAAAGUUGAACAAAAAGAGUGAUAUCUACAGCUUUGGGAUUGUGUUGCUCUUGCUAGAGCUAAUAACUGGUAGAGCAGCAAUAAUAAGAGACGUAGAAGCUGAACCUAUUCACAUAUGUCGAUGGGUGAGUCCAAAUUUUGAGACUGUGGAAAUUCGUGGAUUCAAGAAUACAAGGGACCUACAACAUCUCUUCUGCAUGGAAAGCUCUACAAAUUGCCAUGGCAUGUGUGCCUUUAACAGCAAUCCAAAGGCCUGAUAUAACUUUUAUCUAUAACGACUUGAAGGAAUGUUUGGAAAUUGAGAUGUCCUCUGGAAGAACACAAAUUGUAGGGAACGAUGAUACAAAGUUGAAGCAGCUCAAUUAGAAUAGCCUCCCAAAUUGAGUCAGAAACAAGUUCAAGCAGCCCAGUUUUUAUGGCAUCUUAGCAGUGUGUGUCAAAAAACACCCUCCCUUUCCUAACUUUAGCGAACUACAUAGAUCAUCAGCCACCAAUUCUGUUCUAGACUUCAAGUAUUGGUUUAAGCUCUUCUCCUCACAAAUGUUACGCUCCAAUUCCCCAAGUUUCUUGCACAUUGUUAUUUUCACAUGAAUUUGGCCUCUUGUUUUAGUUUUAUUAUUGGUGUAAGGUCACCCCAAGUUUGUAAUUUCAACUUUCUUGCGUACAAAAAUAAAAUAAAAUAUAUUUACC